AUGGUGGCCAUGGUGGUGCCGUCGGUGUUCGCCGCCUUCGACAAGGACGGCGACGGCAAGGUGUCCGCGUCCGACCUGCGGUGCGGCAUGGCGGCGACCCUGGGCGAGGACGUAUCGGAGGAGGAGGCGGCAGUGAUCCUGGCCGCGGUGGACGCCGACGGCGACGGGCUGCUGAGCCAAGAAGAGUUCUCGAGGCUAGCCGCCGGUGCCCACGAAGAGGACGACGUUGACGUGAGGCAAUGCUGUCUGAGGGAGGCGUUCGGGAUGUACGCAUCAUCAUCCACGGAAGCCACGACGACGACGAUGAUUACGCCGGCGAGCCUGAGGCGGACGCUGAGCAGGCUGGGCUCUCACGAACUGGGCGUGGACGAGUGCACGGCAAUGAUCUGCAGAUUUGACCUCGACGGCGACGGUGCCCUCUCGUUCGAUGAGUUCCAAGUCAUGAUGAUGGCCUGA